GCGUGGAAGUGUGCGAGGUUUCAUGAGAUUUCAUAUAAUGAAUUCUAAAAUUUGUUACAUUCGACUUGUUCAGCUCGGAUAGUGUGUGUUCACUUUUACUGUGAUUUGUGAGGUUAUGAUUCUGUGGAUGCUACUGUGCUAUAUAUCAGUACUGCACUCCAUACAAAAGUUGAUCUCUAUAUGAAAGAUUCGCCUGCCUGUCCUCCUCUAAUAAUACUCUGUGCUGUUCGCUUUCUGUUUGUGUUUAUUGUUUUCAUCAUUUUUCCAGUUCAUUGUUGUAUGAAGUUGUAAAAUUGAUGUCCGGUUUUUUCAAAGUACCUGUCGAGAGAAAACUUUUACUUAAUAAAAAUGUCGAACUGUGAUUCUCAAAAGCCAGAGGCGGCUAAAGACAAUGUCUCGACUAAUUCUAUUGAUGAAGGAUUGCCUCGAGAGCUGAGCCAGCUAAGUCUUUCAAGUGGAUCUAAUCCCGACGAAUUCCAUUGUAAUAAAGGGCAUUCCGAAACCACAAUGAAAAACAUUUACGGAUAUUACCAGGCACAAAAGCUAUGCGAUAUUGCGUUAAUUGCCGGUGGAUGCAGGAUUCCAGCACACAAAGUUGUUUUAGCAUCUUGCAGUGAGUACUUUGCGGCCAUGUUCACAGGCUCCCUACGGGAAGCUCAAUCAUCAGAAAUAACUCUAAAGCGAGUUGACUCACAAACACUAAGAUCACUUGUUCAUUAUUGCUAUACGGGCAUUAUAGAGCUAAGUGAAGACACUGUAGAGAUCUUACUCUCAACAGCCAGCUUGCUGCAACUACAUUCAGUUACAAAAGCAUGCUGUGACUUUCUAGAGAAACAGUUAGACCCAUGCAACUGUCUAGGGAUAGCCUUGUUUGCUGAGCAACAAUCUUGUUUGGGCUUGCACAAAAGUGCUCUGGAUUAUACCCACCAACAUUUUAUGCAGGUUGUAAAGCACCAAGAGUUCCUCGCCUUACAGACUGAACAGUUGUCAAAUUUGCUCAAAUCAGAUGAUCUCAAUGUAGAGACUGAAGAAACCGUGUUUGAAAGUCUUAUGACAUGGGUGCAGCACGACAAAGCUAAUAGGGAUAAGCAUUUGGCAGAUUUGCUCAAGCUGGUUAAACUGCCCCUUCUCUCAUCAGAGUACUUGAUAGAUAAAGUGGAACAAGCAUGUGGUGAUGUUGCUGAAUGCCAGCCUCUGAUAAUGGAGGCUGUAAAGUGGCACUUAUUGCCAGAAAGGCGGUCCCUUUUGUAUUCACACAGGACAAGACCUCGGACUUCCACUAUUGGAAGACUUCUGGCUAUUGGAGGGAUGGAUGGAUACAAGGGAGCUAGCAACAUGGAAAUGUAUGACCCUCGAACAAAUUCAUGGACUCCUUUUAUGAGAAUGGGGGCCAGAAGAUUGCAGUUCGGAGUCGCAGUGAUGCAAAAUAAGCUUAUUGUUGUAGGAGGCAGAGAUGGAUUGAAAACCUUGAAUACGGUGGAGUGUUUUGAUCUCACGUCAUUAAGCUGGAGCACUCUCGCCCCCAUGAACACCCACCGGCACGGCCUGGGCGUGGCCGUGUUGGGUGACGGGCCCAACUCCCCCAUCUACGCCGUGGGAGGCCACGAUGGCUGGAUCUAUCUCAAUUCUGUUGAAAGAUGGGACGCGUGUUCGCGCACUUGGACGAUCGUUUCGCCGAUGGCGGGCGCGCGCAGCACGUGCGACGUGGCGGCGUUGCGCGGGCGCCUGUACGCCGUGGGCGGGCGCGACGGCGGCGCGUGCCUGCGCUCCGUCGAGUGCUACGACCCCGCCACCAACCACUGGACCAACUGCGCGCCCAUGACAAGACGGCGCGGCGGCGUCAGCGUGUGCGCGGCGGGCGGCUUCCUGUACGCGCUGGGCGGGCACGAGGCGCCGGCCAACACGGUGGGCGGGCGGCUGGCGUGCGUGGAGCGCUACGACCCCGCCGGCGACGCGUGGGUGCUGCUCGCGCGCCUGUCCUACGGCCGCGACGCCAUCGGCUCCUGCUUGCUGGGUGACAGGAUCGUCGCCGUCGGCGGCUUCGACGGCGUGCAGUACCUGUGCGUGGUGGAGAUGUACGACUCAGAGUGCAACAGCUGGCGCAAGCUCGCGCCGCUGAGCACGGGGCGCGCGGGCGCCGCAGUCGUGGCAGUGCCGCCGCCGCGGAACCUCUUCUGAUACGCGCACCACCAGCUCGUCAUCUACCUGCGGGUCUGAGUGCACGCUGCCCUCACUGCACUGAACUAGAUCACCAGUGUCCAUAAUACCCGUAUGUAUUGUGUAUAUCUAAACUUUAAAGAACAAAAAAGUAUUUCAGGUGCAAAAAUAAUAAUAUAGUAUGUUUCAUUGUUGACUUUAUUCGUCUGCAGGGAAAGAGGCAAAGUUUUGCUACUUUACAUAUUUAAUUAUGGUCAUAAUCUCACAAAUAUGGCUAAUUCUGUUGUACACAAUUUCUGAAUCAACUAAAUCGACAGGUCUAAAUCUAGUGCUGUCAUUUUCCGCAGGGUUUCUAAUACUAUGCCGAAUAAGUAUAAAAAAGUUAGACUUUAUACUUUGACGUAAGAUUUUUUACUUCUUUAUUACCUGUUACUUAUGUCCCAAAGCUACCAUGAUCCAAACUUCAUAGUCACUGAUCGUUCCUCCCAGUGUUGGGGACAAUACGCAGACAAAUCAGCUUUUAUAAAGUAACGAAGGUAUACUCGCUCGCUCUUAGUCUAAAGUUAGAAUUUAUUUGAUGCUUUAAGAAUUUCCAAUAACUCUGAACGCUCCCGAAAAAAAAUUUCAUUCAUUCAAAAUUUUCUUGUAAUCUUGCAUCUAGCGUUUUUCUCGCUGUAGUGAGAAGAAAAGUUGUGUGUUUCACACACUUGAAAAUUAAUUUGCGCUCUCGGAAUUUUGAAUUCCUCGCUACGCUUUGGAUCCUAUUUUUAACCCUUCGCUGACUCGACUUCAAUACACACUCUGAGCCAAAAUAACAGCUUUACAGCGUUGCAUAACAAAUAACUAUUUUAUUUAUUGUUUUGAAAUUGGAACCCUGAACAGAAUUAGCCACAAUCACUGUUUGUGGAGUCAAAAAUUAAAACGAGCGAACUUUUGUACUUUAACUUACCUUAAUAAUAAUAAUUAAACAUGUACUCUAUCAUCCUAUAAUUUGAUAAGUAGUUCUUAGUUCUGUCCUAAAUAAUCCACGUCAUCACAAAACAUGACUACUUACAUACCUAGACUUUAUAAGACACGAUUACAUUCUACUUUUCAUGUUUUAAUACCUAUUUUAGAGUGUUAAAGAUUUUAUUAUAUUUGCCAUUUACGAGAAAGAUAAGUAAAUGAAAUAACUUCAUUACUUUGAAUAUCCGCAUAAGUAAUUAUUGUAGGAUGAUUUUGAAGUGUUACAUUUCACGUUAGGGCGUUUGUUUAUGCACUCAUUCGUAUUCAAUUCGUAUUCGUUUCGUGAAAAUACGAUCCAAAGUGGUCGCCAUACAAAACGAACAUACACGUGUGCAUUGAUAGAUUUUUUGACGCAAUUUUUGAAAAAUACGUUUUUCGUAAAAAUACGAAAAUGAAUACGCAUGAGUACACAAACGCCCUUCCGCUGUUGCCUUUGUAGUAAUCCCGCGCAAACAGCCAUCUCUACCUAAUAAAUAAAGAUGGUUUUGAAAGAAUUCUGGCGUCUUUGAUAACGGAUUUAUUAGGCUAAUAAUUAUACAUAGAUACAUUUAAUUUUAUUUAGAAAAUACCACUUUUACU